CAGCAGCAGCGGAGUCCGUACAGCUCCCUCAAGACCUUCCCGAGCAAGCGCGCGGCGGGCAAGGCGAGAUAUGAUAGACCCACAAUGGUGGACAUCCCGCAGCUCGGAGACCAUCCUCAUCAUCUCAGUCAUCAUCAGCAGCAGUAUUCACAGCGCGUGCCGCUUCCGCCAGCGUCCCUCUCCAUCAGCAGCAGCCAGCAGCACCGUCUCCCCUGCGAAAUCAGGCCCAGCAGCAGAGUCGCGACAUCCAGCGCGGCAUCAGCGGGGAGCGCCACGGCGGCAGCGGCGGCGACAUCAUUUGGCAACCAGAGGAGGGUCUCCGGCCAGGAGCCCGGCAGAUACCCGGCGGGUCGCGCCGAGCUCAGCCACCAGUCUCCAGACUGCACCUAUGGAAUAAGCUCAGAUUCUGCAUCUGGGCGCGGCCAGAAGGCUGAGGACAGCUGCCUGUCUCCAGGAGAGAGGCUCAGUUCUAAGCCCAGAUCAGAGGACUCAUCCCUGGAGAACACAGGUGAGGAGAGCCAACGGGGCAACCACUGGAGCCAGCAGCAGACUUCCGCUUUCCUCCAGAUUUUCACAGAGUCGCUUCAGAACUACCUGCUCUCUGGACCCCAGUCAUCAGACAGGGAACGGAGUCGCCCGGUAGAGGCUGAACCGGCAGCAUCAGGGUCGCCGAGGCAGAUCUUAGGUGGCUGGGCUUCACCAGCACCGUCUGAAUCAUACGGACACCCCUCGUCCACACUGCCUGAGGAAGAUGAGGAGGAAGGUUGUUGUCCACGCUGUAUGGAGCUGGAACAGGAAGUUCUUAGUCUACAGCAGGAAAAUGAGGAACUGAGACAAAAACUGGACAAUAUACCAGCUCCUUGCCAGAAUGUUCUGGACUUUUUUAAGACUGUUCUUCAGCACUACAACCAAUUUGUGCAGCCCCAGCCUGAAGAGCAGCUUACCGAGGGCAGUAAACAGCUUCUGGGAAACUAUCCUCUCUUCAUCACCAAUAAGCAGUGGGACGAG